CGCUCUUAUUCUCUCUCAUUCUCUUUCCCUCUCCCUGUCUCUCUCUCUAAUACUCUCUACUUUGCUGCGCGUCAUGGCGGCAUGAACCCUUGCACCAUCCUUUGCAUCCCUGUUCGAGACUCGAUGCAUGUCAAGGCUUGCUGCACCUUCUCUGCCUUCACGAGGUAGCAUCUACUUGCCUACGCACCGCCAGCCAUGCCCUCGUCACGACGGCCGGCCAUUGAGGCGCGACGGUCCACACUUCACUACGAGACUUUCCCCACAGUCCCCCCCAGGACCCGCGGCCGACCACCUUCGACAUCGCCGUCCUCCCGUCAUGGCCGCGACUCGCAAGACGGCCACAGCAACCACGAGUCGCCCCUGCCGACCAAGCAGCUUAUUGUGUUGGCUGUCAUAGCGCUUGCCGAGCAGACUGCUCUCAAUUCAAUCAGCCCAUACCUUCCAGAGAUGACGGCCUCGUUCCCCGAAGUCAAGCAGGGACAGGGAGGUCUGUACGUGGGCCUCAUCGCCUCGUCGUUUGCGCUGGCCCAGUUCACCACAAACUUCUUCUGGGGCUGGCUGUCGGACAAAAUUGGGCGCAAGCCCGUCAUCAUCAUGGGCACCUUCAUGACCAUGUGCUGUUUCCUUUUAUUCGGCUUCUGCACAAAGCUGUGGCAUGCUAUACUCGUACAGGCACUCAUGGGCUUCGUCAAUGGCAACUCUGGCGUUGUGUCGACAUGUCUGGGCGAGAUCACGGAUCGGAGCAAUCAGUCGCGCGCCUUCACCUACCUGCCUGUCGUCUAUGGCAUUGGCGGUAUCACAGGUCCCAUUGUCGGAGGCUUGUUGGUUCUCUACAAGAAUCCCUUCUCACACAACAACGCCAAUCCGUAUCCAUAUCUCCUACCAAAUCUCUUUUCAGCUCUUGUUUUAGCUGUUGAUUUGGUGGUGUGCAUCAUCUUUUUGGAGGAGAGCCUAGAGGAACUCAAGAACCUCCCUCCUCUGGGAAAGAGACUGGGCAAUUUGUUCUCUUGGAUAUGGCAAUUCACAAGCUCGACCCGACCGACUUAUGUACGGCGCCUGCUUGGCCAGCAAAAGGACCGCGACUCUCCGCACCUACGCAGUAUGGGUGAAGAUGAGGACGAAGACCAUAUCGAAGACGAUGACGACGUGUCGGACACGUCUGGCGAAUCCGCGCCUGCACUAUUCCCGCACGCCAACAGCGAAGAGCUUACGCGAAAGGAGGUUUUGAAUCGCGACACGGUGCUGCUGCUGGUGACAUACUUCAUCUUUCAACUGGCCAACAUUUCUUACAAUUCCUUGUAUCCUAUUUUUGCCGAGGAGCAACCGCCAACCGGGCGUGGCUUGAAGCCAGAGGCUGUUGGCUUGUCGCUGUCGUUUGCAGGAGCUAUCACGAUACUAUUUCAAGUGGGCAUAUUUGGACGAUUACGAGGCAAGCUAGGCAACAAAAUGGCAUACAGGGUUAGCUUGGGUCUGUUCAUUGCAGCGUUUGGACUGAUGCCGUGGGUGGGCUAUAAAGACAGCAACCCGUACAAAGGUAUUGGCUCGGGCGCGGGAUGGCUGUGGUUUGAGCUUGGGGUGGUAUUGGUCAUCAAGACGGUCGCAGGUGUCGGCGGCUUGACGGCUGCGCUUCUUAUGAUUACAAACUCGGCGCCUAACCACAACGUUCUCGGGACGCUCAACGGCCUUGCACAGACGCUCUCUGCUGCCGGGCGGGCAGCAGGACCAUUCGUUUCGGGCUCGCUGUUUACAGCUGCGACAAAGUUGAGGCCCAAAGGAGAAGUUUUGCCGUUUGGCAUCUUCGCUGGUAUUGCGCUCGUCGGUUUCGUGCUGAGUUUUGGCAUCCGUGGUGAAGGGCUGGAAGCCGAAGGAUGGUCUGACGAGGACAACGACGAAGAUGAAGAGGAAGGUGGUGGUGAGGAGGCGGACGAGGGCACGGGCCUGUUACGAAAGUGAACGAGCCAUGGGAAUCAUAUGUAACAUAGCAAUUUGGCGCUGCUUGGGCGGUGCUUAAAUCAGACCCUGGGGGUGGGCGGCGUUGUACGGGCUAUUUUAGAAGAAAUAGAAGGGAUGGCGGCCUCAAGCGGCUAGCGGAUCGAGUAUCACGAGUGAGAUUGAAGGUGUACAUGGCACGUGCGGGCGGAUGCUGUGACGCAGAAAGCAGUGUCAAAAACGAAGGACAUGGCAAUCACGUGCCCGAGCAACGGCGAAGUGCCACGUGGUGGUCCGAGGGAGGAAGCAAAGACUGUGAUGAUUUCGGUGCAACGGGUGUUUGUAAGAAGAUCGCAAUGAGAAAGCUGCCGAGCAAAGGUGCACGCAGUAUGGCAGAGAUGGAUACUUAGCAGGGUGGAUGCGUGGUUGGAUAGCAGGCGGGC